AUGGCCAUGCUGGACGCUGAGCAUGAGGAUGAAUUUGCUGCUGUUGUGAAGAAGGGAUGCUCGGGACUUGACCUUGUGAAGGCAACAAAGCUGAUUGUUGUUGAUUUGGCAAUGGUGCAUGAGACUGGGGUGGCCGCAUUUGAGUUGGCUGUUGCGGGAACUGACCUGGCACUUGAGCUGGGGGUG